AUGGCCUCGUCUAUGCAUCUGUCGAGGAUACGGAAAUGGCUGGCUUCAUCUCCGCCCGUCGAAGGGGCUAUAUACUACCUGCGAGAGCUGUUGAUCGGCGCGUUGCGACAGGGCCCUAUCCCACAGCAUGUCGCCUUCGUGAUGGACGGGAACAGGCGGUUUGCCCGCAACCAGGGCAUCGAGCGAGUAGAGGGCCAUAACCUGGGCUUCGAGGCGCUGGCUAAGGUAUUCCCUUUUUCGUUCGUUAUACAAACAGACUCCGGCAUCAAGGUGGUGACGAUAUACGCCUUCAGCAUUGAGAACUUCAAACGGUCCAAGUACGAGGUCGAUGCGCUGAUGGAGAUGGCGAAGCUAAAGCUGUUGCAGCUGUCGGAGCACGGCGAGCUGCUGGAGAGAUACGGAGCCAGCGUGCGGGUGCUGGGCCGGCGAGACCAGAUACGCCCGGAUGUGCUGGAAGCCGUGGACAGGACGGUAGAGCUGACCAGCGGCAACGGAGACGCUAUCCUCAACAUCUGCUUUCCCUAUACUUCGAGAGACGAGAUCACCUCUGCGGUCCGUAACACGGUGGUGGAGUAUAGCACGCCGUUAGACAGGAGCCAGCUUCCCGCUGUGAACUCGCCGCGUCGACCGUUCUCUGAGAAGCGGAUUGUUGAGAAUAUACGUGAACACACACCCAGUGCGGAUCCGCGCGAGUCGCUGUCGAACGGAAGCAAUAGCCCCGUCACUACGUCGUCGGCAAACGAGACGGCAUACGACUCCAACUCGUCACUGUCUUCCGCCACAACGCUGCACCAUGUACCUACGAACGGAGCAAGCAAGCAGCAGCAGCAACAGCACGCUGCCAGGUCUCCAGAGCUGUAUACCUCGUAUCCCCCGAACAGUGACCAACUGCUCUUUCACUCGCCCGAGACGAUCGCCACGCAGACGCUCAACGACCAUAUGCUCACCGCAGGCUGUCCGCCACUCGACAUCCUGAUCCGCACCUCUGGCGUCGAGCGUCUCAGCGACUUCAUGCUCUGGCAGUGCCACCAGGAGACCCAGAUCAUCUUCCUGGACACGCUGUGGCCGGCGUUUAGUCUCUGGGAGUUCCUGCCUGUGAUCUGGGACUGGCAGCGCAGAAUCAGGAAGACCGGCCCCAGACGAGAGCCCGAGUUCGACUUUCCCAGCGCCUACAACUCGGAUUCUGAGCGGUUGAAUGUUACUGACAGUCCGUGGCUGGAGGACGAUGAUAUCAAAGUCAAGUCCAUAUAA